CUGCGUUGAGUGCGUGCCUUCGAAAAAUAGCAGACACACUGCGAUCGUACAGCCGACCUCGGCGUUGGUAAGAGGGUGAGUCAGGAUGGUGGACCAGCCGGUGUGGGAACACAUAGGAUCCAGCUUUGUGUCGCACUACUAUCAUAUGUUUGACACCGACAGAACACAACUUGGAUCAAUAUAUAUUGAUGCAUCAUGCCUUACAUGGGAAGGACAGCAGUUCCAAGGGAAAAAAGCGAUUGUUGAAAAACUUGUUAGUCUCCCCUUCUCAAAAAUAGCGCAUAGCAUAACAGCGCAGGACCACCAGCCGACUCCAGACAGCUGCAUCUUGAGUAUGGUUGUAGGACAGCUUAAAGCGGAUGAUGACCCCAUAAUUGGUUUCCAUCAGAGUUUCAUCCUGAAGAACAUUAACGAUGCAUGGGUGUGCACCAAUGACAUGUUUAGGUUGGCCAUUCAUAACUUUGGCUAACCCCCACCCCCACACUGGUGGGCAGGGGUGGCCAUAGUGAUGGGCACUAUGUGAUGGAGUACAGAGGAAAGGAAGGGAGGAGUUGAGGAUGGAGAUAAGAGAAAAAACUCAUCCCUCCUUCCUACUGAUUCAUUUACGCCUGUUUGAAAAAAACAAACACUAGAUGUCAAUCACUGAACCUCGUCCAGGUGGGUUUUAGGACAAGCCCAGCCAGUAAAAUUGCAACAUGUUUCUUUGCUGAAAGCUGGCUGAUCAAUCAGAUGCCCCUGUCUGCCACUCUGCUGAUCUGCAUGAUGCUGGGAGCCUCCCAUUACAAUAUCUACACUCAAGUCACCAAAAAGACAACAGCUAACUGACGCCAAUAACUCAUACUCUGCUCUACUUUCUGCUGUUUUUCCACUGAAUUCUAACUCAUUAAACUCUGUUGUUAACUGAUCUGUUGUUUACUGGUUUUCAAAUACAAUUAGUUUCAGAUUUGGCAUCUACAGUUUCCUCUCAUUGUGUUGUAAAUUGUUUUUAGAUGCCACUUACAUGUUGCCUUAGUGUGUUAAACUGAAAUUUACCUUCCUUUACAUAAUUGUUUAAUUUGUCAUGUUUCUCAUUGUCAUUGGUAGGUUUUGCUUGGGCAAACCAAAGAAUCACAGAUAAGAAAAGUCUGACUUUCCUGUGUGAUUGGCUGUUCCUAUUUGCUCAGUCUCUCUCUUUCACUCUUCUGUCUUUCUCUUUCUCUUUUACAUCACAUGUCAGGCAAUUACAAUGGUAUACAGCCACAAUAGUCAAUAAAACCUGGAAGUUUUUUCUUAAAAA